GAUUGGGAUUAAUGUUUCAAAAUAAAACAGACUAUGACAGAGGAGUGAACACAUUCUCACCAGAAGGUCGUCUAUUCUAGGUGGAAUAUGCAUUGCAAGCAAUCAAAUUGGGAGCGAGUGCUUUGGCCAUAAAAGUGAAUGAUGGAGUGGUAUUGGCAGGAGAAAGAAAAUUGAAUUCAACUCUUUUGGAGCCUAGGAGUAUUGAGAAGAUCUAUGAAAUUGACACUCAUAUUGCUUGCACCGCCUCUGGUUUCAUUCCUGAUGCCAGAACUUUAGUUGAACAUGCCAGAGUUGAAUCUCAGAAUCAUAAAUUCAAUUAUGGUGAACCCAUCAAUGUUAGAGCACUCACUUAGAUUGUUUGCGAUUAGGCUCUUGAUUUUGGAGAGAGUGAUUCCAAAAGCAAAACAAAAAUGUCAAGACCUUAUGGAGUGGCGCUAUUGAUUGCUGGUGUUUCCGAUCAUGGCCCUCAAAUUUACUAAACUGAUCCCACUGGUACUAUGAUUGAAUACUAAGCCAAAGGAAUUGGAGCAGCAGACGAAGGAAUCCAAAGCAUUCUCAAAGAAUAAUACAAAUAAGAUCUGACCUUGGAGUAAGCUGAGAGAUUGGCCAUCUUAUGUCUCAAGAACGUGAUGGAAGAGAAAAUCAAUAAUUCCAAUGUAGAAUUGGCUGUAAUUACAACUGCAGAGAGAAGAUAUACCUAAAGAACACCAGAACAAAUAUAAAGUCUAAUUGACAAAGUUUGAAAUAUUAUAUAUCUAUAAUAAGUAUAAUAUGA